AUGUUGCCAGAGCAGGUCCAACAAUUGCGAAGGCUGACGCUCCAGAUUUCCGGUUCUCCUUGGUAUGAAUCUUUGCGAUUACUGUACUCGUUGCCAGGACUUCAAAUCCAACUGGAUGCAGUUGCUUUCAGUGCUUGCAUGAAUGCAUGUGAGAAGGGAAGCAAGUGGGAUUGCUCGCUUCAUCUUUAUGACCAAAUGCCAUUGCGGCGUGUGGAAGCCGACCUGUUUUGUUGCAACGCAGCGAUCCACGCGUGCUCCAAAGGGGAAGGAGGCGACGCGUGGCAGAUUGCUGUGGAGGCCUUGCAUGAGAUGCAGGAGGCUUCAGAUGCCGAUGUGGUAAGCUUCAGUUCCGUCAUCGCUGCCAUUGGGGUAGCCCAGCAUUGGCAACAGGCCACUGCUGUGCUGAACCUCAUGAGUGAAGGACAGGUUAGUGCGAACACCGUGGCGUACCUCAACACCAUCACUGCUUACAAGAAGAGUCGCUGGGAAAUGUUGGUGGCUUUGCCCUACCAUCGCGAGGAGCCUUUGUGCAAUGCAGCAGCAGCUUCAAUUCCAUGGUUUCAUGCUAUGAACAUGCUGGCCGACAUGCAGCUUUGCAGGAUUCGAGUGAGCCCAAUCACAACUCAGGCUGUAAUUGGAUCGUGUGAACGGGACAUGCAAUGGCUUCAAGCAUUGCAUGUCAUGAGAUCCAUCCACACACUGCAGGUUGUUGCCGACGAGAGGGCGUACAAUGCAGCCAUGUCCGCUUGCCAAAGCAGCUCUGCGUCUCAAGGAGCGAGCAGCCUCUUGAAAGACAUGCGCCGGAAUCGCAUCUCUCAGAGCUGCUCUGCCACCUUGUGGUCGCUCGCCCGUCUUGGGGAAGACGAUGUCCAAAUGGCGACUGCCACCACAGCUGCCGUCUCCCGCGCAAGCUGUGAACUGCGGAGCGAGGUGCUGUCACCACAGCACUUGGCGAUGCUGGCCUGGUCGAUCACGGUUUUGGGCGUGGCCAACUUGGAAUUCCUGGAGUUGCUCUCCAAGCAAGCGAUGCUGCAGUCUUCGCGCUUCACACUGGAGGAGCUUCGUCACCUUCUUUGGGGCCUUGCAGCGCAAGAAGCGACCGAAGGCGUCACUGUGGCCAUUCUGCAUUUACAACGGAACGCACUGCAUCGCUUCCGCACAUUGAAUUUGGCACUUUUAGCGGCAGAGAAGCGGAAAGCCAUGGAGGAUGACAUAUUGAACAUUCUGUGGGCGAGCAAUUUUGCAGGCAUGUUGUCCGUGCAUGUGCGAUGCUUGGCUGAGCGGCUCUUCCAGCGCUUCGCGCGGUCUUUGGAUAGGUCUCCAUCUCCUGAAUCGAGUGCAGCUAUUCCUCCUUUGGGAGCUGGGCGGCCCAAGAUCGUUCUGGAUCUGGACGAUAGAAUGGUGAUGUUGAAGCCUGCUGGUUGGGAGGUCUGUGACGGCAACGUUGGGCGCCAGCUGCGAGGACUCUUGAGCGGCUUCUCGACACUGCGCAGUGCAGACCAUGACCAUGGGUUUUUGCAUCGUGUGGACGUGCCUUGCUCUGGGUUGAUCCUUUUUGCCAAGAGCUUCCGGGCCUUCUAUGAUCUCCAGGUUCAGCUGAGAGCAGGGGAGAUUCGCAGGGACUACUUGGUGUUGUGUCAUGGAUGGAUGCCAUCCGACCGAAGCGUUGAAGCAAACAUCGACACGAGAGGAGAUCCGACUCGGACUGGACGCCUUGGCAAGCCUUCUCGAAGCUUCAUCAAGUUGGCGGCCCAUGCUCUUGGGGCUUUCGGUGUUGCAACGAUGAUCAUUGUUCGUAUCGCCACGGGGCGUCGUCACCAGAUCCGCAGCCAUGUGGCCUUCAUUGGUCAUCCGGUGGUGCGAGACGAGAAGUUCACGGCUUGGCAAACACAAGUGGAUGAUUUCCUUUUCUGUGACCGCGUCUUCUUGCACCGCUACUCCCUCAUGUUCAAAGACAGUCGAGGAGAACUUCAAGCGGCGACGAACACUCUGCCAGCGGAUCUGACCCUGCCCUUGAGCAAACUGACUCCAAAGAGUCCUCGAUUUGCAGCACCCUUGCAACGCUGGCAGAGUGGCACCAUGGCUUGGGAUGAAAAGAUAGAACGACCCGAUGGGCCUUUCAAGCUUUGA